AUGGGAGAAUCAAGACAAGAACUCGUCGCUUGGUUGAACAAUCUUCUCCAGCUCAACAUCACCAAAGUCGAACAAUGCGGUACCGGAGCAGCACUGUGCCAGGUCUUCGACAGCAUAUUCUACGAUGUGCCCAUGUCGCGAGUCAAGUUCAAUGCCAACACUGAGUAUGCAUACCUGCAGAACUUCAAGGUAUUACAGAACACGUUCGCCAAGCACCAGAUCGACAAGCCCAUCCGCGUCGAGUCCCUCGUAAAGUGCAAGAUGCAAGACAACCUCGAGUUCCUCCAAUUCGUCAAGCAAUACUGGGACCAGCAUUUCCCUGGCCACGAAUACGACCCUGUUGCCCGUCGCAAGGGCCAGGGCGGUGUCGCUACCGGCGGCGCUCCCGCACCGCGCGCCGCUGCCUCGACCGCCCGAAGAGCACCUGCUGCAAGCAACACGGCUGCGCCUAGGACACGUACACCGCUUGCAUCUGGAGGCGGUGCCGCCAGCGCUGCUUUGCGCGAGGAGAACACUGCCCUCAAGGAGACUGUCACGGGCUUGGAGCGCGAGAGGGACUUUUACUUCAGCAAGCUUCGCGACAUCGAGCUGCUGAUUCAGCAGGCCAUGGAGGCUGACCCUGAGCUCGAGAAGGACGAGGGUCUGCUCAAGCAGAUCCAAAACAUUCUCUACUCCACCGAGGAGGGCUUUGAGAUUCCACCCGAGGCUGAGGGUGCUGAGGAGGAGACGUUCUAG